AUGUCGAAGGAGAUGAUUGUGAAAAUAUUUAAAAAGAUGCACCUGGAUAUAGAGAGGUUGAGCCAGAAUUGGCUGAAAAAUAACACUGCUGACAGAGAAUCUAGUCGUGAAGAUGGAGUUGAGGAUGCUGAUGUUGAUGAUAGUGGUGAUGAUGUUUGGAACGACGAUAAUAUUUCAGAUCCGUUAACAGAUGAUGAAAAGGAAGUAGAGGGUAUGCCAAUGACUUGUCAUCCAGAACAGAUCUUUGCACUCGGGAAGUGCUUCAACAAUGCUGAUGAAUUCAAGAAUGCACUUCUUAGGUAUUCUUUGAAGACUAGUGAUAGGCUUGGUGCUAAGUGCACACUGAACAAAAAACGAAAAGUUUCCUUAGAGAGUACUUGCUGCAGGAAGGGAGGAACAAAGCUGUUGAAGCGUGGUGUUAUUCCUCAAUUGUAUGAAGAGAGGCUGAGUGUCAUUCUGAAAAUCAAGUCACAAGAGAUGGUUGAUGAAAUCAAGAGAGAAUACAAUAUGAUUGUUACUGUGAGUCAAUCUAGGAGAGCAAAGUCUGUACUUGCAGCUCAAAGGAAGGCUUCUCAUGAGUCUCAUUUUGCUAGAUUAUGGUAUUAUCAAGAAGAGUAUUGUAGGCUUAUCAUCGGAUUAGAUGGAGCUUUUAUGAAAUGGGAUAAUAAAGGCCAAAUGUUAGCUGCAAUUGACAGAGAUGGGGAUAAUAGGAUAUUUCCUAUUUCUUGGGCGUUGGUGGAAGUGGAGGACAAUCCUAAUUGGUUGUGGUUUGUGCAACUUAUAAAAAAAGAUUUGGAUCCUGAAGAUGGAGAAGAGCUUACAAUCAUCUCUGAUAAGCAUAGGGGUAUUCUAAAUACUGUUCAUGAAGAACUUCCUAAUGCUGAAUAUAGGAUGUGUUCUCGACACAUUCUAGAAAACUGGAAGAAGACAUAUACGGACAUCGAGCUUGAGCGUCUGUUCUGGAGAAUAGGAAGGAGCUACACACCUGAGGUAUUUGGAGAUAACUUAGAAGCCCUGAAGAAGUACAACGUAGAAUCUUUCAAUUUGAAAGUUAGGGAGUCGAGGAGACUGCCGCUGCUUGAGUUCUUGACUGAGAUCAGAAGGAAAGUUAUGGAGAGAAAUGCAAAGAGAAAAGCUUCAACAAUCAGGUGGAAGAAAAGAUUCACACCGAGAGCAGACCGAGAGAUUGAAAGCAAUAGGCAGAAAGCUAGAAAACGCAUAAGAUACAUGACCACUAGAAAUCAACAUAAAAUUGACUUUCAUGGGUUAGAUCUCAAUGACUAUGUUUCAAAUUACUACUUGACUUCAAAAUGGCGUGACAUGUAUGCUGAGGGUAUGAAACCAGUCCAAGGCAUGAAAGCGUGGAGAAUGUUAGGCAGAUUGCCAAUUCUACCACCACUAUCAAGAUUCAACCGUAGAAGACUUCAUGGUCGAGCUCGGAAAAAAGGUCCUCAGGAGUCAUCAUCUAAUCCAAACAAGUAA